AUGUCUAACCUCUUGCACAAGGUCAAGGAUGCCGUGACCGGUCAUCAUCACGGCAAGGAGUCCAAGGAUUCCAGCAAGCGUCAGCAAGGCGAUAGCUCGGUUACUGGCGCCUCUGGAUCGAACCCAAGCGCCGGUAACUACGGCUCAAAGGAACAUGCCUUCGGAACUGGUGAUGCCGGCCACCAGGGCCCGACUGAGUAUGGAUCUCAGCCGGCUGCCGGUCAGUACGGCUCCGGCACGGGCGACUAUGGAAGAUCCAAUCCCUCUGGAAGCCGUUCGGACACCGCGGACUAUGCUUCCCAACCUGGCGCCGGCAAUUAUAGACAAGGCUUUAGUGGCAGCGAACCGGGGGGCAGCAGCUACAACCCUCAGCCGGGCUCGGGUCAAUACCACGACGCCUCCAAACUGGGAUCCCAAAUGGAGCCGAAUCCUCGCCAUAUCGCCGGAGGUACGCAACAGCAGCGGACCCAAUGGCCCCUUUCAUCGAUUGGAGCAGCGCAGUUUAACGCCAACAGCCCCUCUUCCCAGGCCGGAUCUCCUCCUAUUGUGCUUGAUACUCCAAUCUGCCUGACUCCAACUGAACCCCCCCUAAAACUCAAUAGCUUUCAUCACGACAAGGUCCGCUCGCCCAGAGACUCUUCGUCUGUGCCUCAAAUAAGCGAAGGUCGAAGUGAACCAGUCACAAUGAGGAACAGCUUCUAUUCGAUGAGUAAGAGCCAGUCUGAGACACCCAACCCCUCUAUAAGUCAUACGGCGCAUAAUGAGCUAGGAGACUUUGGAGAACUCGCGUCAUCCAGACCAAUCGCCUUGAGUCAACUUUAUACGAAAGCAAACUCACGAACUAAAUCUGGCCGAGCCGUGAAGGCUUUCAUGGAACAGAUGGCUUCCGAAAGCAAACCAGAAGCACCUUCACUAGCCACAGGCUUGUGUGAAACUGGCCAGGACACAUAUGACACUCAGUUCCCAGUCGCUCAUCGCAUAAGCAACGGAAAGUAUAGCUUGGCUCCCUGCAGAGAAGAUCCGGUACCUUCUCGCAUCUUUUCACAGGAGCGUAGCUAUCAUUCGGCAGAAGAGAUCGGCGAACAGGAAUGGCAAAGAAGGGCAGAAGGGCAUCAUCAGCAGAACCCUCUCAACUACGCUGAGGACGUUGGCUCUUAUUACUUAUCGCGGUCCCAGGAACGCAGCUAUGUCUCUGAGAGCCCAUUCUUGAAGAAUAACAGCCAUCGCCUCUCAGAACAGGAUGUGUUGUCAGUGGAGGCGCAUCCCAUCGCCAAAGAAUCUUCUUUGAGUGCACAGCAGCUCAGGGCAGCCAGUCACAAUGUUAUGUCCCGAAGUGAACACGUUCCAGAAUCGUCGCUUCAUCUUUAUCGAGCUAGUUUUGAUCGGCCUGAAAACCAAUCCCCUUACGGCUCGGUGCGUCUUCAACGCUCUGCCUACGAGAGCGCCGGAUCUUGCGAGGCACCAUCGGCCGAGAAGUCACCACAGGAGCGCUAUAAGGAUUAUGCCGUCAUACGGUCAGGGACUAUGCCGACGGCCGUUCCGCAGGAGGAGUCUCUUUCAGACACAUAUAGGUGCUCCACGGAAUUUCGACCUCAUAAGUCCACAUCUCGGGCCCAGCUACCGACACGUGCCUUGGCUUCAAUUGCAUCGGGCACCGGGCUCUCAGGAGCAAGCGCCCUCGGGCUAUCAGAGAAAGAUAAAGCAAACGUAGAAGCUGCCCGGUUUCUCGAUAAAAAUACCCAAAUUCCUUUAUCGCGUAUCAAACAAACGGCACUCCCUGAUCCUUUCGUCGAACCAAAGGAGUCUCUGCCAUGCGAGACUUCGGGAUCGCGUGUUCAAUCUGAUGAUUUGGCCUUGCUUGCAGCUAAACUGGGCGAGUAUGCCAGUGACUCACACAGAAAGUUGUCAACAGACCGUCGCUCCCAUUCAGAACACGGGACAUUGCAAUCACUCUGCGAGUCGACAGUUACCGAAGUUCCACUGUUGAGAACGAUUACCCCCAUCGAGUACACCGGUGAUAAGCUGAAAAAGAACUAUGAUCAACCUCAUACGGGACUCCAAACCACAGACACGGGCAAAGUCUUGCAACCUCCUCCCGGGCUUCCCAAGCCAACCGUGAACCAUUUCAUAGCCGGAGAAUUGAUGUAUACAGAAAAUCCUAUUCUGACGGGAACCCGAGCUGACGAGACAACCGCUUGGUUUCACACAGACCCUCGAGGAGAGGAAUAUCUUCGCCAGCAAGUCGCCGUCAUUGCCCAAAACCACGCUGAAAGAAUCGAACGGCUCACGGGAGCCGAUGGCACCACCGCAAAGCAAAUGAACCUGCUUUUGGGGAACGUGAUUGUGAAUCUCCAUUCACACUUCUCAGAGUGUAACCAGAAUCAUUCGAUGAAUUUACCAGCUUUCGAGGGAGAAAAUACCUUUGACAGGGCUACUAGUUUCGCCAGACGGCGCAGUUAUUUCGAUCGAGACCCCUCCGUUAGCUAUUGGAGGUUUCCUCUAGGACGUGUCUUGUCUGACGGGAGCAGACAGUCGGAUAAAACCACAGGACUAGUGUCUCCAGGUUACAAGGCAUAG